CUUACUGUGUUACGGUGAAGGGAAGGGAUCUGACUGUGAAAAGUAUGUCAACAUCCACAACAGGCAAACCUGUGAAACACAAGGUAGACAGGAACCAGGAGUUCACCUGCGUGAUUGGUCAUCCUAAUGGUCAAUGUGUAGCUACAGGAUGCAAGGAUGGAAAGAUUUACCUGUGGUACAACUUUCUACAGGAAGAUAAGGCAGUGAAAUCUGUGUUACAUUGGCAUUCUCUACCUGUCAGGGACCUCUGCUACACACAGGAAGGUUCGUACCUUCUUAGUGGAGGUCAUGAGUGUGUGUUAGUUAAGUGGCAUCAUGAUUCAGGGUACAAGGACUACUUGCCGAGACUCGGAGCUCCGCUCAAUCACAUAGUAUGUUCCUCGGAUAAUCUUCUAUAUGCUACAUGUUAUGAUGAUAAUGUGAUCCAGAUAGUGUCAAGUAAUUUUGACAUAGAGAUGGUGUAUCAAGGUCUAACAAGGGGCCACCAUGAAACCAGAACCCGCGACCCAUUUCCUAUUGGCAUGGCAUAUGACCCUAAAUCUCAGACCCUGGUUCUCAAUGGGAAGCCGGGACACAUACAGUUUUAUUCUGUUCAUGAGGACAAACAGCUGUAUAAUCUAGACAUAGUUUGCCAGAACUACAUCUCUCCAGAGAAUUUAGAGAAGCCAUUGGAAAUAACUGAAGUGAUACAAGCAGACUUUGACAGUAAUGGGGAGUGGUUAGCAACUGUAGAGUAUUGGAAUGAUGGGGUUAUGACCCCAGAGAUGAGGCUUAAGUUUUGGCAUUUUAAUGAGGAAAAACAGAGUUUUGUUCUCAACACCUCUGUUGAAAUGCCACAUGAGGAAAAGGUUCACUCACUUAAGUUCCGUCCAGUAUCCACAACAGCAUCUUCAGGUAUGGAACAUAUGGCAGUGACAUCAAGCAGCGAUGGGAAAUUCAAGAUCUGGCUGUUGGUAGAUGAUACAGAUAUAUACAGAACCAAUGAGAAGUGGAUUUGUGAGUCAGUCGGGUUUUAUCGGAACUUGCCAGCAGGUGAAGUGGCUUUCUCUGAAGAUGGAUCCUUACUGGCAGUGUUGUUUGGAUCUUGUAUUACUUUGUGGAACCCAGAGAAUAACCUCUUUAAAGAAACAUUUCAAAAUACGAUGUACCAGGACCCUGUAAGGCAUGUAAUGUUUGGAAAUCAUGGAAGCAGUCAUUGUCUGGUUAGUUCAACAGACAAAACAUUGAGAGUAUGGAGUCUUAUAUCUUGUACAGUGUUAUGGAGUGCUUCAACACAGAUCAUUUCUCUGUGCAAGGAUCCUUUAACAGAUGUUAUUGCAGCAUUUACAAACUCUAAUGACUUAUUUGUGUUCAGACCUAGUGACCCCACACCUGAGUUCUCUCAUUCUGGAGUUAGUAAUAGUACGGUACUUAGUGCAGCGUUUGUACCUCACUUAAAGAAGAGGUUAUAUGAAAAGACAACUCUGUCAUGGCAGGCACAUUCAGAGUUAUAUUUCAUGAAUAAAGACCAAGAACUGUUGGCUGUAUCACUUGAGGCAGAUACUAAAUUAGCAAAAGAGAAAGAAGAUGUUGUAACGUUUGAGCAGAACUUACCACAGUCUGCCCUCAGUCUACUGAUGAGUCACCAUAGCAACAAGAGUAAAUCACUAGCUUCAUCAAACAGAGUUACUAGGCAACCAGAUGGGAAAUUUAUGAAAGAGAUCUUCAGCUCAGCUUCCCAUGUGCAGCCAUCAGUUAAUACAUUGUGUAGACCAUUUAUACAAUCUUUGAUGAUACCAUCACACGAAAGAAGACAACAACAAGAAGAAAAAGACAGUGAUGAUGAAGAUUUGUCUGAAGAUGAAAUGACAUUUGGAACACACCAGACUGUGUCUCUAGACUCGGGUCUGGAUUCUGAUAUGGAAGUAGAUACACAAAAGUCACAGUCAAGUGUAGAUAAAUAUAGCAGCCAAUCACAGCUUGAUAGUGACUCAGAUGAAAAUGACUCAGCAGUUUUGAGAAGGAAGAAAAAAGUUAAACGAGAAGAUGAAGCUGUUACUUCAGUUUGUGAAAAGCUGGACAAAGUGAAAGUAUUUGAGGAGAAAGUUACUGAUAAAGAUCUAGAAAAAAUAUUUGCCUCUGAUUUAAGUUGGUAUACAUCUCAGUUAAAAACAUAAACCCUUUAAGAAUUGAAUAAAUGAUAUAAAAAUUAUA